UCAGCGCGCGAAACGUUGGUGGGAUGGAGGGGGUGGUUAGUUGGGGCGGAGCCUUGCGUCCCCUCCCGCGUCCGGCCGCACCCUUCCUCAGGGCUUCAGAGGACUGCUGGUCGCUGCUGCAGCUGCGGGUGAUCUGUCCCUGCUGGCGCCGGCACCGGCGGAGCGGGCCGCACUGCGCUCGGGAGGCCAGCGCGUUCCCAGCCUCCGCCCUGACGCGGGGGCGCAGGGCCCGCGCUUGCGCAGCGCAGGAGGGGCACGAGCAGGGACCCCCGGACCGGCGCGUGCGCGAACCGAGCACUGGACCGUGGGCAGGCGCAGGGAUGAGCCUCGCGCCGCUGCAGCCCCACUGAAAAGGCCCAGGGUUCAGAGGUGCGCGGGCCGCCCGCGCUCGGCCAGGCCAUGGCGUUCCUGGCCGGGCCGCGCCUGCUAGACUGGGCCAGCUCGCCGCCGCACCUGCAGUUCAACAAGUUCGUGUUGACCGGCUACCGGCCAGCCAGCAGCGGCUCAGGCUGCCUGCGCAGCCUCUUCUACCUGCACAACGAGCUGGGCAACAUCUACACGCACGACUGUGGACACCCUGAGGACAUUACCUGUCCUCUCUGCGGAAGCUGUGUGAUGGAUAACUGUUUCCCUCCCCCAGGGCUGGCCCUGCUGGGCUUCCUGGUGCUGCUGCCAAUGACCAUGCCCUGGGGUCAGCUGGGCAAGGAUGGCUGGCUGGGGGGCACACACUGUGUGGCCUGCCUGGCACCACCUGCAGGCUCUGUGCUCUAUCAUCUCUUCAUGUGCCAUCAAGGGGGCAGCCCUGUGUACACUCGGCUCCUUGCCCUGGAUAUGUGUGGGGUCUGCCUCGUCAACACCCUCGGGGCCCUGCCUAUCAUCCACUGCACCCUGGCCUGCAGGCCCUGGCUGCGCCCAGCUGCCCUGGUGGGCUACACCAUGCUGUCAGGUGUGGCUGGCUGGAGGGCCCUCACCGCUCCCUCCACCAGUGCCCGUCUUCGAGCUUUUGGUUGGCAGGCCGGUGCCCGCCUCCUGGUGUUUGGGGCCCGGGGAGUGGGACUGGGCUCUGGAGCGCCAGGCUCUCUGCCCUGUUACCUGCGCAUGGAUGCCCUAGCGCUGCUUGGGGGGCUAGUGAACGUGGCCCGUCUGCCAGAGCGCUGGGGACCAGGCCGCUUCGACUACUGGGGCAAUUCACACCAGAUCAUGCACCUGCUCAGUGUGGGCUCCAUCCUGCAGCUGCACGCUGGCGUCGUGCCUGACCUGCUCUGGGCCGCCCACCACGCCUGUCCCCCAGACUGAGCCAUGGCCCACACACAAUGCCAGCCUGCCCAGUCUUCUAGGGCCAACACCACCAGGCUUCCCUCCUUCUGCUGGUCUGCAAGGGACUGGCUCCUUGGAUGCCUCCCAGCUGUUCACCCAUUCUUCCCUAUGGACGAGCCUCUCCUCCUACCCACAUCUCGGAGCUCCAGUUUCCUUCCCUGCCUUCUUCCAGGGCAGUGUCUUCCUGUGCAGCUAGAAGGAAACCGGUCCUUCUAAGGGCCUGUUUACCCUCUGUGACCUGUGAGGGUUGGGCCAGAGGGACGUUGGGGUCUGUCUUGCUCUGAUGGCUGGAGUCCUGCCAGCCCAGGGCCAUAGCCCCAUCCUGCCCCUUAUCAGACCCUUACGUAAGGUACCUCAUAGGUGGCUGGCCCGGCCACCAGUCCAUGAUUCCUCCAUCUUUUGGCCCUGCAUGGCAGCCCAUCCAGCAACCUAAGGCUCACCCACCCCUUCUUCCUUCUG